CUAUGCGUCAUGCGCAGGCUAGAGAGAUCCCUGCUCCUAAAAAAUUACCGCCAGCUUUGUACACUUUCAAAAGCCAGUUUCAGUCCCAUGCUCGACACUCGAGGCUCAGACCAUGCGCGUCUGUAUUUUGAUGGAAAUCCUCCAUCCCGGAACAUUUUGUCAUGCAACAGAAUGCUUGCAGCGCAUGUGAGAAAUGAUCAAACGCCAAUUGCACAGGACCUGUUUGAUCAAAUGCUCGUGAAAGACGUCGUUUCGUGGAACACCAUGUUGACGGGUUUGCAGAAAGCCAAAAACCCACACGGAGUUAAUCGAUGCUUCUUGCAAAUGAGAAGAGAUGGCUUUAGACCAAGUGAGUAUACCAUCUCGACGGUACUCAAUGCCUUUCUGGGCACAGCGUUUAAUGUUUCGGUAUCGCAGAUUCAUGCCCUUGUAGUCCGUUUGGCGCUCAGCUCAAGCGUGUUUGUUGGGUCAGCGCUGAUCAAAGGGUAUGCAAAUAUAGGGGAUCAGAUUGCUUUAAGCAGAGUGUUUGAUGAGAUUCCGAUGAAGGAUGUCUCGUCUUCGAAUGCAUUGGUUUCGAGUUACAUGGAACUGGGGUGCACGCUCGAGGCUCAAAGAGUUUUUGAUGUCAUGCUGGAGAGGAAUAUAGUUUCUUGGACUAGUUUGGUAAGCGGGUAUAUCAACAAUAAGAGGAUCAACAAAGCUCGCUCUGUUUUCGACAAAAUGAGAGAAAAGAAUGUGGUUUCAUGGACUGUUAUGAUCAGUGGGUAUGUGAAAAAUCAGAAAUUUAUGGAUGCUCUGGAUCUUUUCCUCUUGAUGUUGAAAUCGGGGGCUCUGCCGAAUCACUUUACAUUUUCAAGUGUGUUAGAUGCAUGUGCUGGUUGUUCUUCACUUAUACUGGGGCAGCAAGUUCACUCGAGCAUCUUAAAGCUUGGUAGGCCGGAUGAUGUCAUCAUGUCAACUUCGCUUGUUGAUAUGUACGCAAAAUGCGGGGACAUUGAAGCGGCAUUUUGUGUUUUUGGAUCCAUGCCGAGAAAAAAUUUGGUGACAUGGAAUUCAAUCAUAGGAGGUUCUGCGAGGCAUGGACUCGCAACAAGAGCAUUGGACAAGUUUGAGAGAAUGAUCAAGUGUGGUGUAAGGCCAGAUGAAGUUACAUUUGUAAACGUGUUAUCGGCUUGUGGGCAUGGUGGGAUGGUUGAGAAGGGUGAAAAUCUAUUUAACUCCAUGAAGGCAAAGUUUGGAAUCGAACCAAACGUCGAGCAUUACGCAUGCAUGGUCGACCUCUAUGGGAAAGCAGGCAACCUAGAGGAAGCGGAGAAAUUGAUACAUGGGAUGCCAUUUCAGCCGGAUGUUGUGAUUUGGGUUGCAUUCCUUGGUGCAUGCGUUUUGCAUUCAAGUCUUCAACUAGGUGAGUUUGCUGCUAAAGAAAUUGAGAAACUGAGAAAUGACCAUCCCGCAAUAUAUUCAACGCUUUCAAAGAUCCAUGGCGAAAGAGGGGCAUGGGACAGUGUACUAGAGUUUAGGAAAAUUAUGAAAGAGAAACACAUUCAAAGGCAGAUUGCAGGUAGCUGGGUCGAGUCUCAAUAUAGAAUAAGAUGAACCACCAAUUGAAGGUUGCAGAUUUUCAUGCGCACCAAGAAUCCAACACAGUCUUUUUCAUUUUUUCGUUUUUGCUGCUACUCUUCUUUUUCAAUCUUUUGCUAGCACUUUGGUAGUGGGGAGAAAAAAGACUUCCAUUGAUAAAAAAAUCAUAAUAUAAAGCGGCGUAAGCCUUUAUGUCAAAUUUUAAACUGCUUCUUAAUCUUGAAUACCGGCAAGAUUAUCACAUCCAAGAUUAAAUAACAAUAGCGGAUACGAUACAAAACUAUAGACUAGGGA